ACAUAGUCGUGGACCGGCGUGUCCUUGGACUUAGAGAGCGGGACGUCUGGCUUCCGAGCGGUGAUCGUAGUAGCACUAGCGACGAAAGAGCGAAUUAAAAAUGGGUGAUGUUGAGAAAGGCAAGAAGAUUUUUGUUCAGAAGUGUGCCCAGUGCCACACCGUGGAAAAGGGAGGCAAGCACAAGACUGGGCCCAAUCUCCAUGGUCUGUUUGGGCGGAAGACAGGUCAGGCACCUGGAUUCUCUUACACAGAUGCCAACAAGAACAAAGGCAUCACCUGGGGAGAGGACACACUCAUGGAGUAUUUGGAGAAUCCCAAGAAGUACAUCCCUGGAACAAAAAUGAUCUUCGCUGGCAUUAAGAAGAAGGCAGAAAGAGCAGAUUUGAUAGCUUAUCUCAAAAAAGCUUCUAAUGAGUAAUAGUUGGCCACUGCCUUAUUUAUUACAAAAUGGAAAUGUCUCAUGACUUUAUGUGUACCAUAAUUUAGUUGAUCUCAUACACCAGAAUUUAGAUCAUGAGUGACUGACAGAAUAUUUUUGUUGGCAGUCCUGAUUUAAGUAAGACUGGUUUGUGGUAAAUAUAAUAGGUUUUUUGAAUUUUGAUAGUAAUUCCAGUCCAGUAAAUACUAUCACUGUUUUCCCCUUCUAAAGACAUGAUUGGACUUGAUUAGUAGUGUUCAACUUUUCACAAAGAUGGUGAAUGCCAUCUCAGAACCUAUUGGAGAUUGGUUUUAUAUCUAGAUUUAUAACUGAUUAUAUGAAUAAAUUUAAAUACUGGAGAAAUCCCUUCACAGUUUCAGAACCGAGCAAGACUCACCUUUGUUUUAAUGUGUGUUCAUUAGCCUGUUAAAGGCGAGGGCUGAAGUUAAAGUAGCAAUGUCUACUUUAUAUUUUUGGUCUUAACUAUGCCAAUCUAAUGAGAAUUCCCUGUGUCUAAAAUGCUGCCUUUUACUUAUUGAAAACAUUUUAGUUUGGUUUAUGUAUUAUAUCAAAUAAGGAAGAUUUAGCACUUAUCAUAUUUUAUAGAUGAUAUAUGAGAACAGAUGCUUUUAAAAGUCAGGGUGACAAGAUAUAAUACCAAGUUAAAUUUUACUUUUGAAUUCUUUACUAAGUCAAGCUCAGUUAUAAUUUAGGAUUGCCUUUAAACAAGUAUUCAAAAACACAUAAAACUGUAGAACUACUGUGUAUGUGUGAUUGGUAAUGGUGCUUUUGCCAGCUCAUUAGAAGGAUUAAAGUAAAAGAGCUAUACACAAAUUUGUAAAUUAUGUGAUUAUAAGACCUAAGAUAAUUAAAAUCACAGACCAUGA